GGAGGCGCUCACAUGACUGAGGAGCGGAAGCACUGCGUUAUUCCAAUAUGGCGUCGUGCUGAGCUUGUAGAUCAGCAACACAACGGAAACAGUUCGCUUCGAGACCCUCCAUUGCAAUUCAAAAAUGUCCACACAGGAGGUAAGGUAAAGAUAGCACCCUAAACGUCUUGACAACUCAGAGGGAGCCCAACAGCGUCCAGAGGAACUCUUGAGGACGCCUCUGACUUCGCUUUGUAUUUUCCAGCAGUGAUGUCACGGACAGAUGUUUCUGCCGACACAACACCCUUCUUCUCAGAUGAUAAUGAGGGGGAGGGGCCUACUGACAAUGGGGUGGGUUCACCUCAGCCCGAGGAGGAGGAGUCUGCCAGCGGAGUGUCUGAUAGAAGAGCUAAAGUGACUGUGAUUGUACUCUGCUACAUCAAUCUACUGAACUAUAUGGACCGAUUCACUGUGGCAGGUGUACUUCCAGACAUUGAGCAGUUCUUCAGCAUUAGUGAUGGAAAAUCAGGGCUACUUCAGACAGUCUUCAUCUGCAGUUACAUGUUCUUGGCUCCUCUGUUUGGAUACCUGGGCGACAGGUGUAACAGGAAGUCCAUCAUGUGUGUGGGAAUUUUUUUCUGGUCCCUAGUGACAUUAGCCAGCUCCUUCAUUGGCAAAGAACAUUUCUGGGCGUUGUUGUUGACGCGAGGGCUGGUGGGUGUUGGCGAGGCCAGUUACUCCACCAUUGCUCCCACCAUCAUCGCUGACCUGUUCGUCAAGGAGACGAGGACCAACAUGCUGUCCAUUUUCUACUUUGCAAUCCCAGUGGGCAGUGGUCUGGGUUAUAUCGUGGGCUCAAAGGUGAAUGAUGUGGCUGGGGAUUGGCACUGGGCUCUUCGGGUGACCCCUGGUCUGGGGCUGCUGGCCGUGAUCCUCUUGUUUUUUGUAGUUCAGGAACCGAAGCGGGGUGCGAUCGAAGCUCUUCCAGAGCACACACUGCACAGAACCAGCUGGAUGACGGACAUAAAAGCACUCUGCAGGAAUCCAAGUUUUAUUCUGUCCACGUUUGGCUUCACGACUGUGGCCUUUGUGACGGGAUCACUAGCCCUGUGGGCCCCUGCCUUUUUAUUCAGAGCAGGUGUCUUCACUGGAGAGAAGCAGCCAUGUUUAAAAGUCCCCUGUGACAACUCUGACAGUGUGAUUUUUGGCAUCAUCACAGUUGUGACAGGCAUCCUGGGAGUAGCGAGUGGAGUGCAGGCGAGCAAGAAGCUGAGGACAAGAACCCCUCGAGCUGAUCCAUUAGUCUGUGCUGCAGGACUCCUCCUCGCUGCUCCCUUUCUCUAUCUGUCCAUCAUGUUUGCUCAGGCUAGCACUGUGGCCACAUAUGUCUUUAUCUUCCUAGGUGAGACAUUCCUGUCUAUGAAUUGGGCUGUUGUUGCUGAUAUGCUACUGUAUGUUGUGAUCCCCACACGGCGCUCCACAGCGGAAGCUUUUCAGAUUGUACUCUCACACUUGCUGGGCGACGCUAUUAGCCCUUACCUCAUAGGAGUGGUGUCAGACUCGAUAAAGAAGUCGGAUUCAUACAUGUGGGAGUUUCGUUCACUUCAGAUGUCACUCCUGCUGUGUUCCUUCGUGGCCGUGGGGGGUGGAGCUUUCUUCCUGGCCACGGCCCUCUUCAUCGAACAAGACCGACAUCUGGCAGAGAACUGCGUGCCCUCUGAUGAUGCACCAAUUAUUGUUCCAAAGAGAGGGAGGUCCACUAAAGUACCAGUGUCAAGUGUUUUAAUUUGAGAUGAUGCAAGGAUUUGGAUGAUUCUCAACACAGGGAACAGCACUCUGAUUGGCGUAGGCAGAUAGAGCCAGUGCUGUCAGCAGCCAAUCCUGGACCAGUAAUCACUGAUUGGACUAUCUCCACAAUAAGGAGUUUUAUAGUAAUUUAUUAUGCUUAUGUUUUUGUUUAUAUCCUUAACACCCCUAUUGAUUUGGGACAUUUUGGACUAAAUAAUAUCAGUAACAUCUUACCUGGUAGUCCUGUGUGCUUAGACCAUUCUGCUUUCCCCCGGAUGAGUCCUGUGGGAGGUGAACACGUAGGAACACAUGAAAAAAAAAAUGGAAAGAAGUUAUAUGGUGGGAACAUUUCAUUACCUUUAAUUGAAACUCAUCAAGAUGUGUUUUAGAAUUCAUGUAAAUUAUAUUUGAGAUGUUUUUAUUGGAGGGGAUCUCAAUUGAUUUUUCAGAUUGCUGUCUAUAGGUUCUUAAGUCAGUUAACUAAAACCGAGGUACUCUCAAAAUUCUGUUGCAUUUGUUUUCAUCAAAGCUGGACUAUGACUAAGAACUAGCAGAGUCAGACUGAGCUUGAGCAGCACUGAAGCCUGUAUGUGAUCUGCCUUUACAAACUAAAGUCUUUCCUCCUGUUUUAAUGUCUUUUCUUCUAUACUAACAGUUGAGCUUUUAGGGUCUUUUAGGAAACACACCGAAAACAAACACUAAUGCUACUGUAGCAUGAUUCAGAUUUAUAACUUGAUUAUAUAUAUUUUUUUAAAUAACAUUGUUACAUAUACUUGUUGCAAGGGUCUGGUUUGUGGCUUGUUUUAAUUUGCCCUUUUAACUUUUUUUAUUUUUAUUUUUUGAUUUAGGCAGUUUCUUGUGCGUUCCCUCUGCUGUGGAUGUUUUCCACACUAUUCUUUUGGGAUAAUUUGCAAACUUUGCUUGCUAAUCUUGUUUUGUAGCCUUUUUUUUUUAAAUAUUAAAUGAGAAAUGUAAUCCAAGCUGUCUUUUUGAUCGGUUUUCUUGUGUUAAACUUGUUUUAAAUCGGUUACCUUAUUUCUCCUUACAGCACAUUGAAAUAAGGGCGAGUAUUUUUAUUUCUGCUUUAUCUCUCUCUCUCUCUCUCUCUCUCUCUCUCUCUCUCUCUCUCUCUUGCAAGUUUGCAUUCUCUCUCUCUUUGCAGUGGCAAGAACGAUGAUCAAGGUUUUUCAGUUGCUGUGGUUUCCUGUUUGUAGGUGGGAUAUGGAGAUGCAAGCCUGUUCGGUAAAUUUGCUGUGGAAAUUAGUCUCGUGAAUGAAUUAUGAAUACUGAAGCGCCUGAAUCGAAACAUGCGUUGUCUUUGCAGUGGAACAUUCGGUGGAUGAUGUGCUUGAGAAUACAAUGUACCAAUAUGUCAUUCCUGUAACUUGUUUGUGCAGGUUACAAGAACACCACAAAAUGCCACAAGAGUGGGAGGCAAGUUUGAGAAAUUAUGACUCCCUGUCCGCCAUAACGAAGCGACUAGUUAAUGCUUACAGUUUGAAUCAAUGUU